AUGCGCGACAUAUCCAGCUGCCAGUUACACGCUUUGUUAUCAGUUCCGUCAAAACAAGUAUUGGCCCAGGAAGAACCCACCACCGGUUCAACCAUCAUUGUGGGCUGGGACAGCCCUAAGGAUCCUUUGAAUCCUGCCAACCAGAGUGUAUCAAAGAAGAUUUUUAUGACCCUUCUGAUCAGUUUGAUUGCUUUAUCUGUGACUGCCGCGUCCGCAAUCGAUGCUUGUGGCGUCCUCCAGUACAGUGAAGAAUUCAAUGUAUCCGAAGUAGUCGGAUCUCUUGCGACAGCUUUAUUUCUGGUCGGCUUUGGGUCCGGAUCUCUCCUUUCAGGCCCAUUCUCCGAGACGUUUGGCCGAAACGCCGUCUAUCUGAUAACUAUGCUUCUUUUUCUCCUUUUUAUCAUGGCCUCGGCACUCGCUCCAAACGUUCAUAGCCACCUGAUCUUUCGCUUCAUUGCGGGUUUCUUUGGCUCCACUCCCCUCACCUGCGCUGGUGGCACGGUAGCGGAUUUGUGGGAUCCAAUGCAAAAGACAUAUGCUUUUCCAGCCUAUGCUAUUCCAUCUUUCGUGGGACCAAUGAUAGGGCAAAUAAUAGGCAGCUAUAUCCCUACUCAUUUGGGAUGGCGUUGGCUCGAGUGGAUUAUGCUUAUCAUGGGGGGUGUGACUCUUGUGAUUAUUCUUCUACUCCAACCAGAAACAUACGGAAAUCUGCUUCUGUAUUGGAAAGCGAAGAUUCUCCGCGAGGAAACUGGAGAUGAGAGAUACAAAGCUCCGAUGGAGAUGAAAAACGAAUCUUUGGGCCGACGACUACUGAUCUCGGUAUAUCGGCCAUUUGUGCUGGUACACUCGGAGUUGAUCAUCAUCCUGAUGUGUCUCUACCUUACCGUUAUCUAUAUCAUCCUCUUCACGUUUUUGGAGGGUUAUAGGUACAUUUUUGGUGAUACAUAUGGCCUGUCACAGGAGAUGACCGGCAUAGUAUGGGCGGGGAUGCUCUGUGGCACUUUACUUGUUAGCUUCCUGGUCCCGGUUGUAUACUCUUGGACUGCCACAGAGUGCAAAAAGACUUCGAGUAUCACCCCUGAAACGCGACUCUGGUAUGCAAUGCUAGGCGGUGCUCCAGCAGUGCCAAUAAGUUUGUUCUGGAUGGGUUGGACCAGUUAUCCGUCCAUUUCAAUUUGGUCUCCUAUAAUCGCCUCUGCCGUAUUUGGAUAUGGAAUCACGACUAUCUUCAUCUCCACAUACAUGUAUCUCAUAGAUUCCUAUGAUAUAUACUCAGCAUCUGCUUUGGGAUUCCUUGCGUUUACCAGAUAUGUGGUGGCAGGCGGUGUUACAGUUGCUGGGGGACCUAUUUACCGCGCUAUCGGGGUUCAUUACACACUCACCAUCUUGGGGGCCAUCAGUACCAUCAUGGCUGCAAUCCCGUACUUGCUUUAUGUGUAUGGACCAAGAAUUCGCAAAUACAGCAAAUUCGCUGUUAAUAUCGGUACGGAUGUUGCUUGA